CCCGCCCGCUCCCGCCCCCGCUAAUCUCCCGGUGUGGGGCCCGGCUGCUCCGGUACGUCGAUACUUGCGUUCACCGUGCGUCAGUCUCACGGCGGCCUCGAACCCACCGUUCAUCAUGUUGUCGCCAAACUCCGGCAACGGCUGAACGUCCUGCGGUGACGUCAGCACCAUGCGCCGGGGCGGCCUGGGCCUGAGGCGUCGGGAGCCGCUGCUGCAGGUUUUGCAGGCACGAAGUAUGGAGACUUUGACCACUCCGUUAGCUCUAGGGAUAUUGGCUGGAAUAGGAUCUGGUUUAUGCCUGGGUUGGAUGGUUCGUAGACGAUUUCUUGGAUCCUUAAAAUCCAUGCCCACGGUGCACAACACAGUGACGGAAACCAGCGUCAUGGGAGAGAGUGGCAACUACAAAAUGGUUCUGGUGGUCCGAAACGACCUGAAGAUGGGCAAGGGUAAAGUGGCGGCUCAGUGCUCGCAUGCGGCCGUCUCUGCCUACAGGCAGCUCCAGAUACGGAAUCCCGAUCUGCUCAGGCAGUGGGAGUACUGCGGGCAACCCAAAGUGGUCGUCAAGGCACCUGAUGAAGACAGCAUCAUGGGUUUAUUAAUGCAUGCCAAGGAGCUGGGACUGACCAUCAGUUUGAUCCAGGAUGCUGGCCGCACUCAGAUAGCGUCUGGGUCACGUACUGUCCUGGGCAUUGGACCAGCCUCGGCAGAACUUGUGGACCAAGUUACAGGACACCUGAAACUUUAUUGAAAUGCAUCUGUGCCAUGACUGAAUGUGCAGUGGGACUGACUCAUGGAUCUGAAAUCUAUCACCUGGAGAGUUAGUGACACUCAAGUGUUUCCCAGCAGAUAGGCUCCAGAACCCUGAGUCAGUCCAUGUUAUUUGGGGUUGAUGCUGUGCUCUGCGUUCAUUCUUUCUGUGCUAACUGGAUUGAAGUGAUUGUGCCAUCAUCAUCGUUGAACAGCAUAAUUGACAACAGACAAGUGGGGAGCACUGGUGACUUGACAGCCCUGCAACUUGUGCUCAGUUGGCACUGCUCAGUCACUUCCAUUACACUCCAAGAGGUGCAGUGUUCCCUCUAGUUAAUCCCUUCAUUGGUAAGGGCAGCCAAGCUACUCGCCACUAACAGAGGCUCAAGAAUGGAGAUUCUCCUGCAAAUAGAACCUCCCAGGCAUUUUUUAACUAAUGGCCUCUUUCCCCUUCCCACCCCGCUCCCCAGCCACACUCCCGGCUGCUGGAGAAAUACACAUUCUAUGCUGGACGCAGAAAUUUUAACAUUCCAAAGCUGCACCAGCCCCUUCAUGGAGCAGGUCAUAUUGAUAACUCUCUACAGCCUUGCUGACCAGUACGAUCCCAGCCAACAUGGGCUCUGCAAUAGACUGACAGGAGGCACCUGGUUCACUAAAAUAAAGAAAAUGUCAAAAAAAAUUA